AAAAAAGGCGUAUUGGAGAAUAUUGAAUCCGUGCUGUGUAUUAUUCAGUGCUGCAUGCUCUGCGUCACAUCAUGAUUGCAUUAUAUGGAGAACCGCAUAUUACCAUGGAUGCUUGAGCGUAUUUGAUUUAAUAUUGAAGAAACGGAACGAAAUUAUGGGUACAUCGCGGGCAUCAGUGGCUUGGGUGGGCGUCUUAGCUGGCUUGUCUUUGCUACUCCUUAGCGAAGUCCAUGGUCGGUCCCACAAUCCUCUCGUGAAGGAAUUCUUCUCGACGAAAUGGAAGAAGAUUGCUGAAACACGGAGUCUUCACCCGGCUAACCUGACGGCGCUGGAAAUUCUCGAAGAGAUGAAGGAGGAACAUUUCAGGAUACAAGUCGUGAUUAACAAAAGGGAAAUUAAAAUAUAUAGGGACGAUCAAGUGGUGUACGAGAAGAUCGGAGUGUACAAUGGAUAUUACGUCAGCCACACUGGCAUGCACGUGGUGGUACUGCACCCUUCCCGCGGCCACGUGAUGCUCGCCAGGCAGUUCCUGACGCAAGAGCCGUCUGAAGACCGGAACCUGGUGGCGUGCCUCGAGUCCCUCAUGCCGGGCAACAUCCUCAUUGUGGCUGCGGUGCCCGAGGCGGUCAUGUUCCUGGGCCCCGACGCCGUGGCCCGCCUGGAGGAGAUGGGCGCCUCUAGGAUCCGCUAUCUCGCCCGACACGAAACCUGGGUCAUGGUGGCUCACACGCCCACACGCCCGUACAGGCCGCCGCGAUUCUAUCCAGUACUCAAACCCAACGUCACUAAACCAGCGGUUCCAUUAGGAAGAGUCUGGGCCGAGAGUUUGUCCCUCCGUCGCUUGCUCGGUAACGGCACCUCUUCGGCUGUCGACAUGACAACGUAUGUCCCCAAAUUUGAAGCCACCAAGUGCGCGUGGCAUGAAGACGUCGCCAUGUUGGAUCAACAUAAAUUCUGUGACAGUUACGAUGGCUACGUCCGCCUCUGCAGGUGUCAUGACCCGGUCACUUCCUCCCUCAGGUACUCUGCUUCGGAGAUCGAGAUACGCGAAGUCAUCCCCGUGGCCAUGUUGACAGCCAUCAAACCUUUCAACUUCUACAGACAGCUUCUGAACCUCCUCGAGACGCCAGGGGCAGCCCAGACACCCAUUCUUGUUCUUAUAGACGGACCUCAGAAGGAGAUAAUACGCUUAGCGAAGUUGUUCGGGUUGGACGUGCUGAUCCACCGACCUCAGGGCGAGAAGGGCAGCACUACACUCCUGAAUAUGCAUUUCCGCUUCUCCGUUCACAACGUGUUCAACUUCUUCCCAGGAGUCGACAAGGCUAUUAUCUUGGAGGACGAUUUGCUGCUCUCGCCAGAUUUCUUAUCCUAUUUCCACCAAACGGCCUGGCUCCUGGACGCAGAUCCUACCAUCACGCACGUCAACGCCUUCUCAACCAACAGCUAUCCUGACGUCGCCUACGAUCCUACAGUGCUACGGAGGAUCGAGAUGUUUCCCCAGUUCGGCUGGAUGGUGAAGCGAAACUGGGCGCAGGAGAUGUUUCAAUUUUGGGUCUCUGAAAAUGAAACAGCUGACUGGGACUGGUGGCUUUCGGGAGCAAGACAGCGGCAGGGGAGGGACGCCCUGCUGCCCGAAGUGAGCAGGACCUUUCACGCGGGAGCAGCAGGAGCCCACGUGACUGGGUGGGCGCAGGAACACCUCUUCAAUAACAUGAUCUUCAACCAGGAUCCUCAUGUCAAGCUCAAAGGGCUCAACGACCUGACCAAGGAUCGAUACGAAGCCAAGAUCCGGCGAGACAUUUAUCGGGCUGUCCUUCUCAACUUGACAAAGUCACCUUGCGAUGGCCCGAUUCUCCCGCCCAACCAACCUGGACCCUUCAAGAUCUUCGUAGAGGCGAUGACCAAUAACGACGAAUAUGACAGCUUUUACGUAAUGCAAUCGUGCCUCCAUGGAUACAUUCAGGACACGAGAGAUAUGUUUCGUGGCUCUUUGAGAUUCAAUCUGAAGGGGCGCGUCCUCUACGUCGUCGGGUGCCCUAUGUCUCCCUUUUGCAACUCGAAAAUUUGGGUUAACCUGCUCAGGCCUUCUCCAGAACUCGUCAACAUGGUCUCUGAUAAGACCUACCCUUGGCAGAUCCAGAACUAUCCGCCUUACUAUCUGGAACGCUUCCCUGUGGCCGUUCCCGAAGAAGAAUUUCUUAUGCAGAACCUCCUCUAUGUCUACCAUAACGGCACCCGCGUGUUUAACAAGAAAAUAGCGAGCGUUAACUGAAGGAAAGAGAGAGAGAGAAAGAAAGAAAGAAAGAGAGAUAAGAAAAGGAAGAACAACAAGGAGAAUGAAGAAGGUGGAGGGAAUUAUUUAUGAAAAGGUGAAGUCGAGGAGAGGAUUUGCUGAGAUGUGAGAAUUACGUUUAAAAUCUUCACAAUUCAGGAUGGUUUCUUGGCCGGAGAA